AGCUAAGGGGAGGUGUGAAGGCCGAGCAUGACGCAGCGAGUUUUCCGCGCCCUCGCGUUUCCGGCCGGUUUUUAACUCCGCAAUCGCAGACUCGGUUCGUGACGUAACGACGUUCAGCGACGUGCGGCUGGUGAUGUAGAGGUCACGUGAGGACAGCGCUGCUACUGCUGCGCGUCGGGAGCCCUGUCCGGUCGGUGCGGCCGCCGGUCCCUGCAUGUCGCUCGUCGCCGUCUCCUCUUUCUCUCGCCCUCGGGGUCUCCCGUCCAGUCCCGCCGGCCCGCCUCGCCGCCGCCGCCUCAGCCGGAGCCGCCGCCCUUGAUGUGGGUCGGGGCCGGGCGGGGAGAAGAUGCCGCCGUCCAAGUCCCGCAAGAUCGCGAUCCUGGGCUACCGGAGCGUGGGGAAAUCUUCAUUGACUAUUCAGUUUGUGGAAGGCCAGUUUGUUGAUUCAUAUGAUCCAACCAUAGAAAACACUUUUACAAAACUGAUCACAGUAAAUGGGCAAGAAUAUCAUCUUCAGCUAGUAGACACAGCUGGCCAAGAUGAAUACUCCAUAUUUCCUCAGACAUACUCCAUAGACAUUAAUGGCUACAUUCUCGUUUAUUCAGUCACAUCAAUAAAAAGUUUUGAAGUGAUUAAAGUUAUCCAUGGCAAGUUAUUGGAUAUGGUGGGAAAAGUCCAAAUACCUAUUAUGCUGGUUGGAAACAAAAAAGACCUGCAUAUGGAACGGGUGAUCAGCUAUGAAGAAGGGAAAGCUUUAGCAGAAUCCUGGAAUGCAGCUUUCUUGGAAUCCUCUGCUAAAGAAAAUCAGACUGCCGUUGAUGUUUUUAGGAGGAUAAUUUUGGAGGCAGAAAAGAUUGAUGGGGCAGCUUCACAAGGAAAGUCGUCAUGCUCAGUAAUGUAAUUCCACUGCAAAACCUGAACACUGGGAAUACAUUCUACCUGAAGAAGCAAACUGCCCGUUAUCUUUAAGGAUAAACUAUGCUUCUUUUUUCUUCUGUUAACCUGAAAGAUGCACAGUUGGUUGGAGCCUUUCCCCUCAGAUUAUGUUAAACUCUGACUCCUGUGUAAAUGGCUUCACUUCCAUUUUCAAAUUUUAAGCAAUCAUAUUUUCAGUUUAUAUUGUAUUUAAUAUUAUGACCAAGAAUUUUACUGGCAUUAAUUUUUCAGUGUAGUCUGUUGGUUAGAAUAAUCAUCAAAAUGAUGCAUAUUGUUACACUACUCUUAACUAGGCUUGGAUAUCAGUGUUUCUUUGUGUUAAAUGUAUACUUGUAAAUAAACUAGCUGCAAACCUAA